AUGCAAACACCAUCAUCCGCGGCCGAAGUAGCACCGCGGCGUCUAAACUGUGGUGAACUGAUCAAGGCGAAGGUGUUUCUGCUGCCGCAUGGCAAGUACGUCGUCCGCGAUUGCUACCCGGUCUACUACGAGUCGAUGAUGGACAGACUCAACGGCGACGGGCGUGUCAUUACCAUCACCGGAUCGCGAGGAACCGGCAAGACGAUGUUUUACGGCACAGCGGUGUUCACUGAUGAUUCCGAGCUGGUACGGGUCGCUGUCUUUGAAGGAGGGCGAUUAAUUGACAGCACCGGAGAAGGCGGAAAACGACUGAUGAAGAAAGCUCGAGAGCGUGCCAUCGCGCGCAAGAGGGAGUGCCUGUAUAUAGUCGACGGGCUGCCCAAGUCCCAUCCACCGUCCCCAUGCUUCACGCGCAUGAACGAGAAGUGGAUGGGCAAUCUCGUGGGCACAGACCUAACGCCCGUGUACUGCAUGCCAUUGUGGAGCUUGAACGAGUUGAAAGCGACGGCCGCUCGAAUUUCUCCGACCUUGAAGGUCAAAUCGGGCGCUGCUCUAGUGGACGACGUCAUCGAAGAUCGAUUCGCCACUUUCGGUGGCGUGGCGCGUGAGUGCCUUGCGGCGAGCGAAGAGUUUGUGGAGUCAAGAAAGAAGCGGCUUGAACGUGCCGUGGGGAAACUGAAUUGUGAGGAACUACUUCAAGUGGUUGUUGGGGGCGAGUUAGAUGGUCCUGUUGAUGAUCAAAUCGGCCAUUUCGUACCUGAUGCAAGCGAUCCGUCGACUAUGAAAGUUGUUGUUGCGUCAGCCCACGUUUGUUCGUUGGCGUUGAAGAGGUCACUGGUGAUCAAAAUGCUCGAGCGAGAGCGAGUUUUGGGCAUUCUGCGUGGUAUCCCUGAAGCAGGAACACGCCCAGGUCGUGCAUUAGAACUGCGCUUAGCUGGGGGGUUACUGCAAGCACAGAAGCUGGGAAAUGAAUGA